CCAAUUUAAAUUUCAGAUCCUGAUAUUGCUAUAUGCGAUCCGCAUAGGCGUCGACCGCACCCACGCCGCCGCCUCCCUCCUGGCCCCCGACGCAGCCCAGGCAGCGGCGCUGCCACAAUCCCAGCCACCGUCGACUCGACGGUCCAGGAUUCCAAGUGCUUAUUCGCGUCGAAACCCGAAACCUAAUCCCCAAUCCGGCAAUCUCCCUCCACCUCAAAGCUCCCCCCUUGCCUCACCCCAAAUCCUCGCAGAUGGCUCCGGCGAUGCCGAAGCAGCGCGCGGUGCAUCUCCCCGACAAUGAGGAGGUUGCGCGCCUCCUCCUGGAGAAGCACCGGUCGAUGCUGGAAACAAACAUCCCGGACAACCUGAGCCUCACGCUCUCCAACGCCUACCGCAACGUCUGCGCCGCCAAGGAGCCCAUCCGGACCCUCAAGGACCUGCUAAAGAUCAAGGGUGUUGGACCAUGGGUCAUCCGUCUCAUAAAAGAGUCCUUUCCCGUGUCCACUCAGGAUUUAUCUCCUCCAAAAUGUAAAGAGAAAGGGAGAAAGGGGAAGAAAAUAAAAAGACCAGAGCAUAAUCCUGAACUUGUUUGCAGCAAUUCUGCUUCUAUGGCAUCCCAAGAACUGAUACAGUUGACCAGUCAAGAGCAGUUCAGUUAUAGCUCUGAAGUUCGAACUGACAGCAACUGUUCUGAAAAUAUCAUUCUCAGCGGUCCAGAUUCUGAUGAACCAUUUAAAGGGAACAAUCCUUUCAUAGGUCCUGAACAUUUUGUUGAAGAGAGGGAUCGUCCAAAACUGAAAGCAUGCAGUUCCAGUUUCCUUGAUAUCAGCAAAGGACCAGCUACUAAUUUCGGAGCGUCAGAUUGUUCAGUUCCUGUUUCACCUCUUUCAUCUCAAGGAACAUUUGAGCUGCAAUCUUCCAGUACAAUGGGUUCUACUGAAUUCACUAUGCUAGACAAGGAUACUGGUGGUAUGGGCAAUUCUAUACUAGCUAUGCCACCUUGUCUAUCCAAUGAAAUGUUUCUUGAAGUUUAUGAAGUGGUGUUGAUAUUGGAUGAUCGUGAAAUUUUUGGGUCCGUGAGAUUAUAUCUUACUCAAGAAUCAUUAUCCCGUGGCAAAAGAGUUGUUGAUAACAUACAUUCGAAAUUUCAUGUGCCUGUAGAGGUUGGUCAGACUCAGACUUGUAUAAAACGCUUGCCUGUUGGAGAUUGUAUUUGGAUUGCUCGUCAUAGAAGAUCUCAUACUGAGUAUGUUCUUGACUUCAUUGUUGAAAGGAAAAGUGUCACAGAUUUAGUUAGCUCAAUUAGAGACAGCAGGUACAAAGAUCAGAAAUUAAGGCUAAAGAAAUGUGGACUAAGAAAGCUGAUAUAUCUGGUUGAAGGUGAUCCAAACCCUUUAGGCGCAUCAGAGAGCAUCAAAACAGCCUGCUUCACAAGUGAGAUUCUUGAAGGAUUUGAUGUUCAAAGAACCACCGGGUAUUCUGAUACUGAAAGGACAUACGGCCACCUGACACUUUCGAUAAUUGAUUACUACAGCAUGAAAUUCUCAAUCGGUGCUAACACUAGUCGAGUUUGCUUAACUUAUGACGAGUUUGUGAAGAAGUGUUGUGACCCCAAGAAGUUAACUGUGAGCGACAUAUUCGCCCUUCAACUUAUGCAGGUACCACAGGUGACAGAAGAAACCGCAAUUGCAGUUAUAGAGCUCUACCCGACACUUGUCUCACUUGCUCGGGCAUACUCCAUGCUUGAUGGCGAUAGCCCUGCCCAAGAGAAGAUGCUGAACAUGAAGAGCAAGAUGGUGAACGCAGGGGCUAGCAGAAAUAUCUUCAAGCUUGUCUGGGGUGAAGGGUGAAAUAUUACUGACCUAGUUACCUAAAUGGGUUCCUUCCUGACUUGACUUGGUUCAACCGGCCUUUGGUCGCCAUCUCGAUGAUUUUGGCGCCGCUUCUUGUGAUGAAGCAAAUCUUGAGACGUCGCCAUUGUUUCUUGAGACGUUGUCGCAUAACGUGCAUGUUCCGAAGGCAAACUAAGACGUUUCUUUCUGUGUGCCUUGCGGUGCUGGAAGUUUCAUCACGUAAAAUCUUCCGAUCAGGUGGUUACCUCUCUGUUGUAGAGCCUUGCAAUGAGCUGGCUAUGUGUUUCAUAUGUACUGUACUGUUUUUUUUUUGGGAAUAUCAUAUGUACUGUACUUAGCAGUUAUGUACUCCCUAUUCUUAAUUUGGAUCUAUUAUAAGUGUGUUGUGCAGGUCUA